AUGAAAACAGCAAUCCAAACUUCACCAUCGCUCAACAGCUAUAUCACACAGCAUGAAGAUAUAAGACCAUUAGCUUUCUCUUUGAAUAGUAGUACCAACAGUACAUCUAGUCAACAGCAAAUUCCAAACUCUCAACAAAACAACAAACCAAAAAGCACUUCUAGAAAACUGGAAAAGACACCUACAGAGCCAAACAAACACUCCAUCUCCUCUACUUUGAAAUUAAAAUCAUCAAAAAUAUCACUAAACCAAAACAGUCCACCAAUCAAAAAUUUAAUAAUCAACAAAGAAACUAAAUUUCUAAUCAUAGAUUUUGACAACAAAUCGAGAGAGCUGCUGGAAAUUUGGCUGAGAACCGAGGGUUUCAAUGUUUUUUCCUCAAAGAAUGUUGUAGAUUCACUCUCACUCUUGGAAAACAAUAGCUACGACUUGGUCAUCUAUGAUACCGACUCGAAAAUUGAAAACAUCGAAACUCUCACCAAUUCACAAAUAUUUUAUAUCGUCAACAAAAUGGAAUUCUCACAGUUCCAACAAAAGUCAAAUAAUAAACUGGAGUUCCAGUCGAAACCAGUGUCCAAAGGAAAUCUACUUUCACACAUCACCUACGUCUUGGAAAACAGAUUGAAAAGCUACAAACUGAAGGAAUACGAACAACUAGUCAAAGAGAAGGAAGAGGAGAUAGAAACACUUAAAUCAAAGGUUGGUCAAUUGAAGCUGGAUAAUGCCAAGAUUCACAAAGCAAUGGAACCACCAAUCGAAGCCAUCACCAACUCUCUCAAUGAAAUUCUAAUGGACACUUCACUUUCAAACUCCCCAAUCAAAAGAGAAUUGGAAAACAUUUUAUAUCAAAUUACAACCAAUACCGAUCUUUAUGGUCCAGCUGUUGAAAAACUAAUGAACCAAGAUAUCAAUCCAAUUGCCAAAUCCAUUUUAAAAACAUACUCUGCUUCGAAUAUUUCAGAUAGUGUUUCUCCAGCAAUUAGAAGCAAAGUAGUUGAAACUGAAGUUAUUGAUAUUGAACCAUUAAAAGUAUGGGGUUUCAAUCCAUAUUUAUAUACACAUGAACAAUUGAUCGGAAUGUUACAUAGAAUUUUUACAUAUUAUCAAUUACCAGAAAAACUAAGAAUACCAGAAUUCAAACUUAAUCAUUUUCUAUAUCAAGUGAGAUCAAUACAGAUAGCCAUCACUUGCAUCAUUUCAACGGACAUGUCACUCCAUUUCCCAUUGGUCACCAGAUUGAAGCAGAGACUGACGGAGCUCAAACUAAAUAAUCUGAAAUCACUCGAUAACUCGCUGCAGGAUAGAAUAUUCCUUAUGGAGAUUAUGUUGCAUGCAGCCGAUAUCUCCAACGUUUCAAAACCAUGGGAUGUAUCAAAGAUAUGGUGUCACAGAAUCAACGUUGAAAGUUUUGUACAGGGAAGAAUGGAGCAUCUGAAGGGUAUUCCAGUUACCGAUUGGAUGGAUGAAACUAAGACAUCGGUCGAAAAGAACUCGCUAAACUUCAUGGUAUACUUGGGUUCCGCUUUUUAUGAAUUAAUAUCAGAGAUGUUUCCUCAGACUAGAAUCUGCUUUGAGUACCUAAAGAACAAUGUUGAAGGUUGGACCAAAGUAUGUGAAGACAACAAACAUCUACCACAUUCAAAAACAAUGAAUAAUAAUAUUGAUAAUUAUAAACAUGUGAAUGCAAUGGGUACAAUCUAUAAUGUAAAUAAUAUAAAUAAUAAUAGUAACAAUAAUGAUAAUAAUAAUAAUAACGAAAAGUUAAUUCGAAAUAAAUAA